AUGAUUUCCCCCGAGCAAGUCGCCGAGAUGCUCUACCCGGCCUCCCACACCAAGGGCCCAGGCCCCAUCCCCACGGUCGUCCCCACCCCAACCCACUACGACCUCUCCACAACCACCGGCCACCGCACCCUCUGGGUCCUCUUCGCAGCCAUGACCCUCCUCACAGCCCUCUUCGCCCUCCUCUCCUGGAACGUCCCCACCUCCCGCCGUCUCUUCCACAUCACCACCACCCUCCUCACCCUCAUCUCCGCGCUCGCCUACUUCGCAGCAGCCACCGGCGCCGGCUCAACCCUCACCUGCCUGCCCGUGCGUGACCACCAUAACAAGCACGGUAUCCCGGAUACGUACCAUCGCGAGUGUCGCCAGGUGUUCUGGGCGCAUUAUGUCGAUUGGGCGCUGACAACGCCGGUGCUGUUGGUGAAUCUUGCGUUAGUGGCCGGGGUGGAUGGGGCGCAUACGUUGUUGGCGGUUGUGGCCGGUGAGGUGUCGGUUUUGGCGGGGUUUGGUGCGUCUGCUGGGGCGAGUGCGGUGGCGGGGGCGGUUUGGGGAUGGUUUGUGAUUGCGGCGUUGGGGUAUUUGUUUGCUGUGUGGCAUGUCGGUUUGCACGGGACGAAGAGUGUGCAGGCGAAGGGACAGCGGGUCGCGAGGUUGUGGGCGUCGUUGGCGAUUUAUACGUUGGCUUUGUUGGCUGCGUAUCCGAUUGUCUGGGCCAUCGCACCGCUCGCUCGGAAGACGUCAGUCGAUGUCGAAAUCAUCAUCUACGCCGUCUUGGACAUCCUUGUGAAGCCCGUCUUUGGACUCUGGUUGCUGGGUAGCAUCCGUUCCAUUGCAGAGGCCAAUAUUGAUGUAGGAGGAUAUUGGUCACAGGGUCCGUCUGCCGAAGGUCGGAUUCGUAUUGGAGAAGAGGACUGA